AUGGAAGUUGUAUGUAGAUGGGUCCUCCACGCAAUCAGCAAGCAGAGCAGGACUUCUAAUUGUAUCCUCCGCCGAAGUUCGUACGGAAGGGCAGUCAGGUUCGAGUUUGCGGCAUCCAACAAUGAAGCAGAGUACGAAGCACUACUCUUGGGGCUUAAAAUAUGCCAUGAAGCCGGGGCUAAAUCCUUAUCCACUUUUUCCGACUCCCAAUUGGUAGUCGGGCAUGUAAACAGGGAAUUCGAGACCAAAGAUGAAAGCAUGAAGAUGUAUUUACAGCAAGUAAGAGAAUUUAUCAAGAGGUUCAACAAAUUCACAUUGGUUCACAUCCCAAGGUCGCAAAACGCACAAGCCGACUCCCUGGCAAAACUUGCCAGCUCAGCUGAAACAUCCGUGGCUCGUGAUAUCAUUUGGGAGGUGCUUCCUAACCCCAGCAUCAACUUCAUGGUUGAUACCAUCGACAGAUUAGAAACGUGGAUGGAACCCUACAUCAAAUACUUGCAAAAUCAGAUGCUUCCCCAAGAUGAGGGUCAAGCAAAAAUACUCCAAAAGAGGGCCGGAUGGUUUGAGCUCCACGAAGGAACGCUCUACAAAAAAUCAUAUACACAUCCCCUUCUCAGGUGUGUUUCCCCUGAAGAAGGAAACUACAUCCUUCAGGAAAUACACGAAGGCGGAUGUGGAAUACAUCAAGGAGUACAAACUGUGAUUGGCAAAGUCCUUAGAAAUGGAUACUACUGGCCCUCCCUCAAGAGCGAUGCCGAAGCACUGAUCAAACGUUGUCCCCAAUGCCACUACCAUUCAAAGAUAGGAAGGAAGCCGUCUAACUAUUUAUCCGCCAUUCAAGCUGUCCUACCCUUUGACAAAUUGGGUAUAGAUCUCCUUGGCCCCUUCCCACCAGCCAAGGGACAACGAAAGUUCAUUAUCGUGGCUAUCGAUUAUUUUACCAAAUACGUAGAAGUCGAGGCCCUUAGCUCAAUUACAUACAAGCAAGUCUAUCAGUUCGUAUGGCGAAAUAUAAUCACAAGAUACGGCAUCCCUCGCGUAAUCAUCACUGACAAUGGGAGGCAGUUUAUCGCUAAGAACACAAUAGAGUACUGCGACAGGUUCAACAUCCAAAUCCGAUUCAGUUCAGUAUCCUGA